AUGACAUUCCCUCCCCCUCCUUCUUCCACCCAUUCAUCGAUUGCUUCUGGCACCGAGAAGUCUUCAGCAGCAAGGCUGUCAAGGCCCCAACAUUCAGCCUGGGGCACCCCUGGCUCUCAGUCAGGUCUCCGUCGCGGCCUGACUCCGCUCACCACCACCAACUUUUCAUCCACAACGGCCGCCGCCCCUUCCCGGAGGCCACCUCAAUCGAAUAGCCCAGGUGCUGGUAGUGCGGCACCAUCUCCCCUCUCUUCUACAUUCUCAGCUGUUCUCAGCUCCGCCAACCGCUCGCAGCACACAGUCCAUUCCGUCUCCUCUCCUAAGUCUCGGGCCCUGACGCCGUCUGCGGGCUCCCAGCUGGCAGGAAACAUCUCUGGAGGAGGCAGCGGGGGAGGCGGUGGGUUGGGAUCCUCUAGAGGUGUCGCUUUCUCUCCACUCUUGUCCGGCACCACUGUGAACUCUCCCACUGGCUUUGCCGACAAACCAGGCUCGAGUAUCAGCUCCGGUCAAUCCUCCCUUGCCAAAAUCUCCAUCGCGCAAGUCUAUCUCCUUUUAGACUCGAUUACGGAUAAAGAAGGGAAGGAAAAGUGGGAAACAAAAGCUGCUCAGAUUCACAAACUUGUCGAUUCCAACGGCAUGGAGGUCUUUUCUAAAUAUUUUCGCCGCCUUCUUACAGGCAAUUCUCCCCAAAUAUUCCCGGGUAUCAAUAAAGUCGUUGAAAAUGCAGGAAACUACCCUCUUCUGGUUCAGGAGAUGCAAAAAGUCUCCCAGGAUUUGGAUCAGGCACAGAAGAUCGCUGAAACUAUUGAUACCUCAGAAGGUGAUAUCUUUCGCGACUUUGAUUUGUCAACUUUCCUAGAUCAUUUUAAGCUUGAUGCUAUAGUCAAAGUAUCCCUGGCGCUGGCAUUCAAAUUCGCAAAUAAGUCGGACUUGCGUGCCAAAGCCGAUGCUAUUUUGGCGAACACCACGUCUCAAUUUACGCAGAGCUUAUUGAAUCCCACGGAAAGCACGAAAGAUUUCAGCAUUUCAUAUCUUGCUCUCACUCUGGAGCGCUUUAUUUUGUUCCCUCCACGGAAUUUUAAUGAUGACGCCAAGGGAAAAUUAGUACAGGCUGCGAGCUUGCGCUACCGGAACCAAACCACCGAGAUCCCUAUGGAAAUAUACAACGCUCUUCAGAUGUUCGAUUUCAGCAGUCCACGGCUGGCCAUUAUUCGACAGCUUCACCUGAGAGGAGGAAAAGCCACUGCCACCCAAGAUUCGGUGAAUGAUACCAUGGCAUCAGCUGGUCCUGAAAGCUGGGAGGAAGAGCCCGUUGGACUCGCUUUACUCUUCAUGUUGUUAUCGCAGCAUUUUCAACAAUAUUCGUUGGAAGUAUUUGUUCGAGCUGUCAAGUCCUAUUACGGUGACAAACCUAUCAAUUGGCCCGUGGUCCUGCGCACAUUUGAUCGCGAAACUCUGAGAGUUACACCUGCCCAAUUCAUCAAACUGUACUCGGCGCUUUUGAGCGUUGCUGUGGAGGAUUCAAGUUUGGAUAUCCAGAGACUUUGGGGUGGUGAUUGGGAACACCAACAAACCCAUCUUUCCUUUUUGAAUGCUUACCUGAACUCGCGCAUCGAUCCCUCGCAGAUUCCCAGUCUCCGGGCCACGUUCUCAUCACAGUUGUUUGAGGAUGCCCCUGAUCCUGUGCGCAUGCAAGCGGAAAUAGCCGACAAGUCACCCAUUCGGUCUCUUGAUGCCAUAAAAGCAGUUUUUGAUUUGGCCCUCUUCUCCCAGGCAUCAUGGAGUGCCCCAGAGAGUGGCUCGUUGAUCAAAACCGUCUUGUCGCAGGAUUUGCCUGUGUUUCUCCUUUCCUCGUUGGCGAUGCCGCAACCCUGGACAACCAUCCAACAGAGCUUGGUGUUGCGCACACUAGCGUUCUUUAUACUGAGACAAGAGGAAGGCUUUCAACUUGCGUUGUAUGGUGUAUGGAAAUCUGAUAGCCAAUGGCUUGCCGAACAACUAUUCACCAUGUUUACACAAGACCCGACCUCGACGGCUCCGAUCUACGAGAAUGCUGUUGAAUAUGGCUGGCUGGAUUACCUCUUAGGAUUUACUAAUGGUCUUGCCCUUGAUCUUGCAUCCUUGGCGCAUGGUAAGGCAGACUUCGAUCUUGAAAACUGGAUUCGAAAUGCCUCUCAAAAGGGGUCAAUGGACAUGGGUAAUUUGCUCUCGAAGUUCCUUCGGAUUAAAGCUGAAGAUGAGUUGCGCGUCCAACGAACGGAGCAGGCUUCUCCGCAAAUGGUCAGUCUCGCUGUGAAAACGGUUUACGCUUUACUUUCCAUCCUGGAGGACUAUAUUGUUGAUCAUGAAACGUUGACCCCGGUUCAACGGAUUUGUGUUCAAACCUACCCACGACUCAUCAACUACGGGGAGGGCUUUGACGACAUUAUCGAUAUAAAUAGCGAAACCGGCAAUGCUAUUCCUAAAGUCAUCGACGAACAAAUGCAAGAACUUUUUGGCAAGAUGUAUCACGAGGAGCUUUCCCUACGAGAAAUGUUGGAGCUUAUGAGGCGAUACAAAACAUCACGUGAUCCGACAGAACAAGACCUCUUUACUUGCAUGGUCCAUGGGCUCGUCGAUGAAUAUCACUGCUAUCAUGAAUAUCCUUUGGAAGCUCUUACCAAGACCGCUGUCAUGUUUGGGGGAAUCAUUAACUUUCGACUCAUCGAUGGCAUUCCUCUAAAGGUAGGACUAGGUAUGAUCUUGGAAGCUGUUCGAGAUCACCAACCGCAUGACCCGAUGUACAACUUUGGAGUUGAAGCUAUUGAGCAAUUGAUGAGCCGCUUGCCGGAGUGGGUAGGAUUUUGUCAUCUGCUGCUGCAAAUUCCAACUUUACAUGGCACUCCCAUCUCCCAGAAAGCCGAGGAGGUUUUGAGAGAACAGGGCCACCAAGCAGCAGAUGAAGCGAACCCAGCAAGAGUAAAUGGUGGCAUCGAUGACCAGGCCAUAACGAAUGGUGCUGUGGAUGACAGUGACUCGUCUCGCACAUUCCGUUCAGUACACAUCGGCCCUCCGUUACGCCCGGACAUUUACGAAGACCCCAAUGAAGAAAUUCAAGACAAGAUUCUCUUUGUGUUGAACAACGUCUCAGAGCAAAACAUUCACGAAAAGCUUCGUGACCUAAAGGACGUCCUCAAGGAUGAGCACCAUCAGUGGUUUGCGGCUUAUCUAGUCGAGCAACGUGCGAAGUUACAACCCAAUUUCCAGCGACUAUACCUGGAUCUCUUGGGCCUUGUUAGCAACCGGACAUUAUGGGCGGAAGUCCUUCGAGAGACCUACGUCAGCUCCAUUCGUUUGCUCAAUGCAGAGUCCACCAUGAGCUCUUCAACGGAACGUAGCCACCUAAAAAACCUAGGUGCCUGGCUCGGGUUGUUGACAAUUGCCAGAGACAAACCUAUCAAACAUAGAAACAUCUACUUCAAGGAGCUUCUCAUUGAGGGUUACGACAGUCAGCGCCUCAUGGUAGUCAUUCCUUUUACCUGCAAAGUGCUCCUACAGGCUGCCAAAUCGACUAUCUUCAAACCUCCAAAUCCGUGGCUCAUGGACAUACUUGGUUUACUGGUAGAACUAUAUCACUACGCUGAACUGAAACUCAAUCUCAAAUUCGAAAUCGAGGUUCUUUGUAAAGAUCUUGAUCUUGACCACAAGGCGAUCGAGCCCACCUCUGACAUACGGAAUCGUUCUCAACAAGGAGAGGAUGUACUCGCGGCCACCACCCUCCCAGAAGGCUUGGAAGUGUUUGAGGAUAUGUCCUUGGCAACUAUGAACCAAGGUAUCAGGACCGAGAGAUUGUCUCCUGCCGCUUUGUUAUCCACCCUACCAAGCCUGGACAAGAUCCUGGUAUUCCCAUCCUCUGCAAGCAGCAUGAUCGACACCAACGUUCUCCGACAAAUAGUUCAUACUGCGGUCGAGCGCGCCAUUGCGGAGAUUAUCACACCGGUUGUGGAACGCUCAAUCACCAUUGCUUCUAUAUCUACGGUCCAGCUCAUCUCCAAGGAUUACACCAUGGAGCCAGAUGAAGAAAAGGUACGCCAUGCCGCAAGAACCAUGGUUCGACAGCUUGCUGGUAGCUUGGCUCUUGUUACUUGCAAAGAGCCUCUAAAAAUGAGCAUGACGAACUACAUUCGGAUGAUACAACAAGAAUUUUCCGAGCAGCCUAUGCCUGAGGGGCUUAUUUUGAUGUGUGUGAACGACAAUCUUGAUGCUGCAUGUGGUAUUGUUGAAAAGGCUGCCGAAGAAAAGUCUAUCCCUGAAAUCGAGAAGGUUAUAGAGCCACAAUUGGAAGCCCGCCGACGUCAUAGAGCCGCAAAACCCAAUGAACCUUUCGUGGAUCACACGAUAAAUCAAUGGGGUCUAUAUAUUCCUGAGCCUUAUCGUCAAGUGCCGGGCGGAUUGAAGAAAGAACAAUUGGCAAUUUAUGAGGAUUUUGCUCGUCAAUCCAGGGGACCAUCUUCAACUCAUCUCCAGACUGCAUCUACGGAUUCUGGCAGGCAGUUGCCUGAUGUACUUCAAGAAUCAUACCCAGCCAUCCCUAACCUUUCUACCCCUGCCGAGGCUCCUGCGGUGCCGCAUCAAACGUCACAGACCCAACAAGAGGGUCGUUUGCAACAAUCAACAGUUAACGCUCAAUCUCAGUUGAAUGGUUUCAUUGAAGCCCAAAGCCCUCGCGAGAAAGUGGAAAGUCUCAUUGUCGGGCUUCAGCAGGAUGCUCGAAAUGCUCCAGAGGAACACAUCAAGGAUCUCAGCAGCGACAGUGCUGUUAUACAAGAUUAUAACCAAAUCUUGCGCAGCAUCAUCAGUUCUCCAAAUGGCGAGGAUUUUGCAAGACUAACAUGUCUAAAGAUCUGCAAUAAUCUUUAUUCUCAGACCGAGGGUUCGUUGGAGAUUGACGUGCUAGUUAACCUGCUUGCUAAGAUCUGUGAUAUGUCGUCAAUCGUGGCAAGAUAUACAUGGGCACUUUUGUCUGAUAUUAAUGAAGACCACUUGUUUAAGGUUCCCGUUACGGUUGCUCUUAUCGAUGCCGGGCUUCUCGAUCUCCGACGUGUUGACAUGCUGUUGACCAAGUUGAUUCUUCAAAAGGAGAACACUGCUUUGGCUAUUUUAUCUACUGUCCUGGAUCGUGUUCUAUUCAAUGAUGAACCAUCUGUGUUGAGAUCGGACUUUUCGGGCAGCCUUGAGGCCAUGAACCAAUGGCUAGUAGACGAUCCAACUUUGUCAGUUGCCACCGAAAUGGUACGCAAACUCCGGGAAUCUGGUAUACCGGAAGUCGUCAACCCAUUGUUGAGUGACAAGGCCAGAUCCAAGCGGGAUCAGAUGGAGUAUAUCUUUAGUGAAUGGAUUGGAGUGUACAAAUUCGCUGGUGCUACCGAUCGUACCUAUCAUUCGUUCCUGAAGGAUCUACACAACAGACAGGUCAUGAACAGUCAGGAGGACUCGGCUCUGUUUUUCAGAUUGAGUAUCGACAUUUCUGUCGCCAUGUUCGAACAUGAGUCGCAGAACCCGAACGGCAGCCUCGACGAAGCUUUCCUAUACAUCGAUGCUCUCGCAAAAUUGAUCAUUCUGCUUGUUAAAUACCAAGGUGAAAGCCCCGGCGCGGUCAAGGCUAGCAAGCCCGUGUACUUUGAUGCCAUACUCUCCUUGUUGGUCUUGGUCCUCAACCACCACCAAGUCAUGCGGGGUGAUGCUUUCAACCAACGCGUAUUUUUCAGACUCUUCUCGAGUAUCCUUUGCGAGUAUACGUCAUCUGGAUUGCCGUCAACUGAGCAAAAUCAGAAUAUGAUGUUUGCAUUUGCCAGCAGGUUUUUAACCCUGCAGCCAAAGUACGCUCCGGCGUUCGUGUAUGGGUGGCUUUCGCUCAUUUCUCACCGCGUUUUCAUGGCCGGCAUGCUCCGUAUGCCUGAGCAAGCGGUUUGUAUCCCCUCUGUUUUACAGCAAGACCAGUGCGAACUAACAUGGCAACAGGGAUGGGAACCAUACUGCGAAAUUAUGCAAGCACUUCUUUCCUACAUGGGAGAACAACUGAAGCCAGGGAAUGUGACAUAUUUUGCGAAGGAUCUAUACAAGGGCGUGUUAAGAAUUCUUCUAAUCUUGCACCAUGACUUCCCCGAGUUUGUGGCGGAAAACCACUUUCAAUUUUGCAACGUGAUACCAUCGCAUUGCGCUCAAUUGCGCAACCUCAUUCUCAGCGCAUACCCAUCGUCUUUCCAUAAACUUCCCGAUCCUUUCCGUGAGGGAUUGAAAGUGGAGCGGCUAGAAGAAAUGCGUGAGGCUCCGCGAAUCACCGGGGAUUUAGUCACUCCUUUACAGGAGGCCAACAUCAAGAACGCGGUUGACUCAGCACUGAAAGGCAGCACACCUAAUGAAGCCGCCAUUCAGACAAUCCGUGACAGCCUCUGCAACCCGAAAACGAAGGAUACUGGCCUUUUCUGGACCCCGAUUAAUGUUGAUGUGGUCCUAAUUAACGCAUUGGUUCUGUAUAUUGGUCAACAGGCGGUAUCCUCAGGCGGAUUCCAAGGUGGCAACCGAGCAGCUUUUGAUGAUUCUCCUCACUCGCUCUUACUGGAGAGACUGGCCAAAGUCCUCCACCCCGAGGCUCGUUACUACCUAUUGAGUGCCAUGGCAAAUCAACUACGGUAUCCGAAUAGCCACACCUACUAUUUCAGUUUUGCCAUCCUCCAGUUGUUUGGCGUUGACUACUCCGAGCAACAAGAUUCGGAUAUUCGCCAGCAAAUCAUCCGGGUCCUAUUGGAACGUCUUAUUGUUCACCGACCGCAUCCAUGGGGCCUGAUCAUCACUCUGCAAGAGCUCCUUCAGAACCGAAGUUACACUUUCUUCCGGUUGCCAUUUAUUCAAGCGGCGCCAGAGACUAGUGACAUCACCCGGGUCGAUUGCUCGCAUCAUUGUUUUCCUCCUGCGUUCUCGUAUUUCAUUCUACCGGUGCUUAGGUCUUGUGGCAUUUACGGUAUAUCAGUCAUGGAGGAAAAGGAGUACUUUUCAGACGAGGAAUACGACAAUGAGGCGCCGUUUCUGUGGAGAGUGCUGGGCGGCAUUACAGCUCCUUUUCGCGCUUUGAUCUCGAAGGAAGCUCAGAAAGCUUACUUGGGGACUUUUCUAUUCCUCAUCACGUCUAUUGGACUCUUUUUUGUUGCUGCUGUAGGGUACUGCAUAUUCUACUCCAACUACAUUCCUCAAAUUGGACUGGAACGCGUUGUGCAUUUACAGUUCAGUGACGGAGCUCCAUGGGGUACAGCUACACUCGGCUCCGGGCUGACCUCUCUGCAACAAUACGACGUGAGCGUGUCCCUACAUCUACCGCGAACGCCGACGAACCUAGCUACUGGCAAUUUUAUGCUUGAUUUGACAUUGCUGUCUCCUCAUGGCUCUACUGGCAAGCCGAAUGUAUCGGAAGCUUUAAUAGCGAAUUCGCGACGCUCGGCAAUCUUGACGUAUGCCUCUCCGCUCGUGGACACGGCUCGCAAAGUGUCUCGCAUGCCCUUAUACAUUGUGGGUCUGCAGCGAGAGGAAGAAAAGUUAGAAGUUCAAAUGAUGGAGGAUGUGGAAUUUUCCCGAGGCUGGCGUAAUAUCCCGAGCAGUCUGAGGCUUGAAAUCCACAGUCGCGAACAAAUGCAAGUAUACGAUGUGCGAGUCAAAUUCAAAGCCAGGUUCACUGGGCUGAGAUGGCUUAUGUACAAUUGGAGGAUUUUAUCAUUCUUCACUUUCACGUCAAUGUUUUGGUCGGUGUCGAUGAUCUCUGCCAGCGUAACUUGGCUGUCAUUUUCAACAUUUUUGAAGUCGAGAGACCGCGAUGAUAAUGCUAAGAUCAAGAAAGAGGAUGACGAGGGCGACAUAAAUACCGUGAAGGAGGAUCCAGAUACGCUACGAGGAAAGAGUGAAGAGAAAUCAAUAAAAGACGAAGAAGAAAUCGAAGAAUCAACAGGAAUACCACCUUUCAGAACCGAUUAUACUGACUAUCAAGACGACUCGGGGCUGGGUACAGGGCUUGACAGGCAGACGGCGCAGCGGCGUCGAAGCCACUUGCAAGGUCAGGACGAUGAAUAA